CGACGCCGUGCUUCUGCCAUUAGUGCCACUCCUCGGGUUUGGUGGUUUGACCACAGCAACUCAGCUGGGAGUUAGCGGGGGGAGGCCAACGCCACCGUUAUAAUCACCGCCUCGCUCUCUCGUUCGUCUCGGCCACCCACCACACCCUCGCUGCUCUCUUCUUGUUUAUUUCUCCGACUCUCUCCUUACCGAACCUCCACCCCACCCCACCCCCAAGCGAAGGAGAGAGAGAGAGAGAGAGAGAGAGACAAAGAUCGAGGCCGCCGAUUCGAUUCCAUCGACCGAUCCGUCGUCAUGCAGUCGGAAUCCGCGAAGCCCUCUCCGCUCGAUCUCCUGUCGGCCAUCCUCGCCGGCUCCCUCGGCGGCGAUGGGCUCCCCUCGGGAGCCGGAUCCUUGGCGGCGAUCGCCGAGAACCGGCAGCUCCUCGCGAUCGUCACCACAUCGGUCGCGGUGCUCGUCGGGUGCGCGUUGAUAUUCUUCUUCCGGCGAUCGAGCGGAAAGAAGCCAGCCGAGCCGCCGAAGCCUCUGGUGGUGAGGGUACUGCCGGAGUUGGAGGUUGACGACGGGAAGAAGAAGGUCACUGUCUUCUUCGGCACGCAGACUGGGACGGCCGAGGGGUUCGCUAAGGCUUUGACGGACGAGGCUAAGGCGCGAUACCAGAAUGCGAUAUUUAAAGUUGUUGAUCUCGACGAAUAUGCUGCUGACGAUGACGAGUACGAGGAGAAGAUGAAAAAGGAGACCUUAGCUGUGUUCUUCUUGGCCACGUACGGAGAUGGGGAGCCUACUGAUAAUGCUGCACGGUUCUACAAAUGGUUUACAGAGGGGAAAGAGAGAGGGAAUUGGUUAGACAAUCUUCAGUUUGCUGUGUUUGGUUUAGGCAACCGGCAAUAUGAGCAUUUCAAUAAGGUUGCUAAGGUGGUUGAUGAAAUGCUCGCUGAACAAGGUGGGAAGCGUGUUGUUCCAUUGGGUCUGGGUGAUGAUGAUCAGUGUAUCGAGGAUGACUUCACUGCAUGGAGGGAGAUUCUCUGGCCAGAACUGGAUCAGUUGCUUCGGGAUGAAAAUGAUGUUUCAGGUGCAUCUACCCCAUACGCAGCUGCUGUUCCAGAAUACCGGGUUGUCUUUUUCAACCCUGAAGAAACUUCUUCCCUGGACAAGAGUUGGAAUCUUGCAAACGGCCAUGCUAUUCAUGAUAUACAUCACCCAUGCAGGGCUAAUGUGGCUGUGCGGCGGGAGCUUCAUACUCCAGCUUCAGAUCGGUCCUGUAUCCAUUUGGAGUUUGAUAUUGCUGGCAUUGGUCUUACGUAUGAAACGGGAGAUCAUGUUGGUGUAUUCACAGAGAAUUGUGUUGAGACUGUAGAGGAGGCUGAAAGACUGUUAGGUUAUUCGCCAGAUACGUAUUUCUCAAUCCACACUGACAAGGAGGAUGGCACACCACUUGGAGGCUCUUUGUCGCCUCCUUUCCCGUCUCCAUGCACCUUAAGAAAUGCACUUACUCUAUAUGCUGAUCUUCUAAAUUCACCCAAAAAGAGUGCAUUAGUUGCCUUAGCUGCACAUGCUUCAGAUCCCAUUGAAGCUGAGCGACUUAGAUUUUUGGCUUCUCCUGCUGGAAAGGAUGAAUAUUCUCAAUGGAUCGUUGCUUGUCAGAGAAGUCUUCUAGAAGUUAUGGCUGAAUUCCCUUCUGCAAAACCUCCAUUGGGAGUCUUCUUUGCUGCAAUCUCCCCCCGCUUGCAGCCUAGAUAUUAUUCAAUAUCAUCUUCUCCGAGGAUGGCACCAACCAGAAUCCAUGUGACAUGUGCGCUAGUGUAUGAGAAGUUACCAACUGGGAGGAUUCAUAAAGGAGUCUGUUCAACUUGGAUGAAGAAUUCUAUUCCAUUGGUAGAGAGCCAAGAAUGCAGCUGGGCUCCUAUAUUUGUGAGACAGUCGAACUUUAAACUGCCUGCAGAUCCUUCUCUACCUAUUAUUAUGAUUGGUCCAGGCACAGGGUUGGCACCCUUCAGGGGCUUCUUGCAGGAAAGGUUGGCAUUGAAAGAAGCUGGUGUGGAACUUGGUCAUGCUAUUCUCUUCUUUGGAUGCAGGAACCGCAAAAUGGACUUCAUCUAUGAGGAUGAGUUGAAUAAUUUCGUUGAAACAGGUGCACUUUCUGAAUUGAUUGUUGCCUUCUCUCGUGAAGGCCCAACCAAGGAAUAUGUGCAGCAUAAAAUGACUGAAAAAGCAUCUGAUGUUUGGAAUAUCAUCUCCCAAGGUGGUUAUGUGUAUGUGUGUGGUGAUGCUAAGGGUAUGGCUAGAGAUGUUCACAGAGUUCUUCAUACUAUCGUCCAGGAGCAGGGAUCUCUUGAUAGUUCCAAGACGGAGAGUUUUGUGAAGAGCCUUCAAAUGGAAGGGAGAUAUCUGAGGGAUGUGUGGUAAAGUAUACCUUGCAUUUUUCCUCUUUAAGUGCAUCCCUUCCGCAGCACUCAAUCUAGAAACUUGUACGGGAAUUCGGUGGACCAGCAAGUCAAGGUUUCUUAGUCUCCACAAACUGGGUCGAUGUUUAGAUUAUGUUAUUCUUUUAAACCUUCUAACUAGAGCGUCUGUUCGUGUAUUACAUGUAUUCAUAUUAUGAUUAGGCUGAUUCGGGGGGAGGGGGAAUAAGUAGUCAAUAUUUAGUAGAGAAUGGAGGAAACAAAAGACUUUCUUAAGUUAUACGGGUCAUGUACAAUCAGACGGACAGGCCUUCCUGUGUGAGCAAAAUGCAAACCAUGAUGUUAUGCCUCACCGGGCAUGACUGUGGAACUUAGCUACUGGAAUUGGGCCCAUGAAGACAGGGAGAUGCUAUGACCUGUUUCGUGAUCCCAAAACGCUUAUUUACUGUUAUAUUGAUAUUGUUAUAUCCAUAUAUCAGAUUCUUGGA